AGCCCAGCCGAAGCGAGCCGAGACCAGCUGGGCGGUCGCCGCUGUCUCUCCCUUGCCGCUGCCCGGUACCGCAGCCCCCGGCCCGGCCCGGCCCGGCCCGGCGGAGCGGCAGCCCCGGGGAAGAGGGGGAGCCAGUCCGCGCCUGACUCGGGGGAAAACGAUGAAGCUGUAGAGAUGCUUCCCUACGUGAUCGCCACCCUGGGCUCAGCAGGGACUACCUGCAAAGCCUCCACAUGCAACAACAGCACCAAGGACUACUGCUACAGUGCUCGCAUCCGCAGCACUGUGCUGCAGGGGCUGCCCUUCGGUGGGGUGCCCACUGUCCUAGCCCUCGAUUUUAUGUGCUUUCUCGCACUGUUGUUUGUCUUUUCAAUUUUGCGUAAAGUUGCUUGGGACUAUGGACGCCUGGCCCUGGUGACUGAUGCUGACAGGCGUCGACACUGGCAGACGGAGCGAGAGGAGCGGGAAUACGUAGCCUCCGCCCUGCACUCCGACAACCAUGAUCGCUACGAGCGCCUCACCUCCGUCUCCAGCUCGGUGGACUUCGACCAGAGGGACAACGGUUUCUGCUCCUGGCUGACAGCCAUCUUCAGGAUAAAGGAUGACGAGAUCCGGGACAAGUGUGGGGGUGAUGCGGUGCACUACCUGUCCUUCCAGAGGCACAUCAUCGGGCUGCUGGUGGCUGUGGGUGUGCUCUCCGUGGGCAUUGUGUUACCUGUCAACUUCUCAGGGGACCUGCUAGAAAACAACGCCUACAGCUUUGGGAGGACAACUAUUGCUAACCUGAAUUCUGGGAAUAACCUGCUGUGGCUGCACACAUCUUUUGCCUUCCUGUACCUGCUGCUGACAGUGUACAGCAUGCGCCGGCACACCUCCAAGAUGCGCUACAAAGAGGAUGACUUGGUUAAGCGAACUCUCUUUAUUAAUGGGAUCUCAAAAUAUGCUGAGCCAGAGAAGAUCAAGAAGCAUUUUGAGGAGGCCUACGCCAACUGCACUGUCCUGGAGGCCCGUCUCUGCUAUGAUGUGGCCCGGCUGAUGUUCCUCGAUGCGGAGAGGAAGAAAGCCGAGCGCGGGCGCAUCUACUUCACCAAUCUGCAGAGCAAGGACAACACCCCAUCCAUGAUCAACCCCAAGCCCUGUGGCCACCUGUGCUGCUGUGUCAUCAGGGGCUGCGAGGAGGUGGAGGCCAUUGAGUACUAUACCAAGCUGGAGGAAAAGCUCAAAGAUGACUACAAGCGGGAGAAGGAGAAGGUGAAUGAAAAGCCUCUGGGGAUGGCCUUUGUCACUUUCCACAAUGAGACCAUCACAGCCAUAAUCCUUAAAGAUUUCAACGCUUGUAAGUGCCAGGGCUGUGCAUGCCGUGGGGAGCCCAGGGCCUCCUCCUGCAGCGAGUCCCUCCAUGUCUCCAACUGGACUGUCAGCUAUGCCCCUGACCCACAGAACAUCUACUGGGAACACCUUUCCAUACGGGGCUUCAUCUGGUGGAUCCGCUGCCUUGUGAUCAAUGUGGUCCUCUUCAUUCUCCUCUUCUUCCUCACCACCCCUGCUAUCAUCAUCACCACUAUGGACAAGUUCAAUGUCACCAAGCCUGUGGAGUACCUCAAUAAUCCCAUCAUUACCCAGUUCUUCCCCACCCUGCUGCUGUGGUGCUUCUCUGCUCUUCUGCCCACCAUCGUGUAUUACUCUGCCUUCUUUGAAGCGCACUGGACCAGGUCUGGAGAGAACAGGACAACAAUGCACAAGUGUUACACCUUCCUCAUCUUCAUGGUCUUGCUGCUGCCAUCGCUGGGCCUGAGCAGCUUGGAUGUGUUUUUCCGCUGGUUGUUUGACAAAAAAUUCCUUGCCGAAGCCGCCGUGCGAUUUGAGUGUGUGUUCCUGCCGGACAAUGGCGCCUUCUUCGUCAACUAUGUCAUCGCCUCUGCCUUCAUCGGGAAUGCCAUGGACCUGCUGCGCAUCCCUGGCUUGCUCAUGUACAUGAUCCGCCUCUGCCUGGCCCGCUCGGCCGCCGAGCGGAGGAACGUCAAACGACACCAGGCCUAUGAGUUCCAGUUUGGGGCUGCUUACGCCUGGAUGAUGUGCGUCUUCACUGUGGUCAUGACAUACAGCAUCACCUGCCCCAUCAUUGUCCCUUUUGGGCUCAUGUACAUGCUGCUUAAGCACCUGGUGGACCGAUACAACCUGUAUUAUGCUUAUCUGCCUGCCAAGCUGGACAAGAAGAUCCAUUCAGGGGCUGUGAACCAGGUGGUGGCUGCCCCCAUCCUCUGUCUCUUCUGGCUUCUCUUCUUCUCCACCAUGCGCGCAGGGUUCCUGGCCCCCACUUCAAUGUUCACCUUUGUGGUCCUUGUGAUUACCAUUGUGAUCUGCCUGUGUCACGUCUGCUUCGGCCACUUCAAAUACCUCAGCGCUCAUAACUACAAGAUUGACCACACAGAAGUGGACUCCAUAGAAAACAGGCAGAACGGGAGACCUGCCACCAGCCUGCCGGCUCCCAAAUCCGCUAAGUACAUCGCCCAAGUGCUGCAGGACUCCUCGCCGGAGGGUGAAGCGACAGAGUCGGAGGAGCAGGGGUCGCAGGACGAGGAGCUCAUCAACACGGAUGGCAUGAACGACACGGAUUUCCAGUCGUGUGAGGACAGCCUGAUAGAGAACGAGAUCCACCAGUAGGGACCUCGGAGGGAGGGAGGGGAAGGAGGCCCAGGAGCAGGGCAGGCUGUACGCACGGAGACCUAGGGAGAGGCACCGAGGGUGCUGGCCACUGCCCUCGCUCGCCCGCCCCCCGGGGCUGCUGCCUUCAGCGAGGGCAGGGGCCCUGCCACAAGCUCUCCGUUCCCCUGCCCCUCCACCCCUGUGCCAGCCCAGCGGGCACGCUCUCUACUAGCGACCUUCUUUGAUGCAUCCCCGGGGGCUGGGGAGGAGGGGGUACUGUGACCCCUGCGGUGCUGCUCUGGACCCGCAGGGAGAAGGAAGGCUGGGUGCUCUGUGGGGAGGGGCACAAGGGGAACUUUCAGGAGCUUCUCAGCAGGCCCCUCUGUCCCCCAUCCUCCUGGCAAGAAACACACUAAUAAUUUAUUAGAUUUACAGGAAGGUGACAAACAAAAAGCUUUAGUCAGUGUAUUGGAAGUACUCUCUAGGGAGGGGGGUGGCUUUUGUUGCACCUUCUCCCCUGUGCCCUUUCACAACCCCUUGCAGCCUCCUCUUGGUGUGACACCAAGGUGUGAGGGGUGGUGACAGAGACCUCCCCAUCCCUCCUCACCAGGAAGGUGACAGCCUGGCCUUGUGGUCAGGGGUGGCAUCACCCCGGGAAGGGGUUCAGGGUUGGCGUGAGCUAGGCAGCCCCUUGCAGAGUGAGGGGUGCUGAGGGCAUUUCUUGUGGGCAGGAGGAGGUGCUGGCAGCCUCUCCCCCGGGGGCACAGGCAGGGGAUUGCAGCAUCAUUUUAAGUGGCAUUUUUUUUUUUUGCACAUUUUACUCCCCUUUCAAACAAAUCAACCUGAUCCCCAUGUGGUACCGCAGCCCCCUUUGCUGCCCUGUGUCUGCACAGCAGGGUCAGGCCUGGGGGCUGUGCUGGGGGUCUCCUGGGUGCUAGGGAGAGGGGAGAAAGGGUCCUGGACUACAAGGCCCUCAGCACCCUGCAGGGUGCCUGGUUAUGAUGGGGCCCCAUGGGCUGCCUUCCCUGAGCUGCUGCAAGGUCUUCCCCCAGCUGAGGUGGUCAGAGAGGGAGGGAGCCCUGGGAGAGGAGCCCCUGGGCACCCUCUCCAAGCAAGACCACCAUCUUCAGGAGCACAAAAGCCUCAUAGGACUGUGCUGGCUUUCUUUGCCUGCCCUAACUGGCUGAGUCACCUGUCACCCCAGUGUCACCCAGCCUGAGAGGGGGGCUGUUCCUCCCCUACCUCUGCCCUUGCCUUCUCCCUGGUGCUAGCUGUGUCCCAGGAGCUGGCAGGGGAUAUGAUUGAUGGGAGAGGUCAACUGGAGCCCCUGGCACCUGCAGGGAGGUCUGACCCUUUUAAAAGGCUCUUUGUGAGGAGGUUUCUGGUCAGGAUCAGUUGCCCUCAAUUGCUUCCCCCCUCCCCUUGUGUAAAAUGUAAGGAAAAUAAUAAAUCUCCCUGCUAUCGAGCUAUAUUUAUUUCCCUCAACCCCUGCCACCAUCCUGUUUGGUGCUCAUUGCAGACACUACCACCCUCCCUUUGCCUGUCAUCUGUGGGUGCUGCACUGGCUUUACUGGGGCCGUGCCCUCCAGGGUGUUAUGGGGCUGAGUGGAAGGGGACAGUCGUUACCUUUUUCAAUCACCCGUGCUGGCCCUGGAGCUCCAAGCACUUUAAUAGACCUGAGCAAGUGAAGCAUCAGCCCUGCCCGGCUCCUCUCCGGGAAAGGGCGGUCACAUCCCAUGGCUUUUCUCCCCCUCGCCCCCAUUAGAGGAUACAUGGAGCAGGCAGGGGGCUGCUCCGGGGAGGACGCAGCUGACUUUCCCAUACACCUCUCCAUAGGAAUCCCAGGCCCAGAGGAAAGGGGGGAUGGAGGGAAAGGGAUGUGAGUCUUCGGUGCAUGGGGAGGGCAGCCCGCCCUUGCUCCCAGGGCUUGGCUGGGGCUGGAGAACGUGCAGGUGCAGGGGGGCACGGUGAAUGUCACCCGUCCCCUCCAGGGAUGGGCUGGAGAUGGAAUGAGCGUGUGAGCUGAGAGCUCCCGCUCUGCUCCCAGGCCGGGGCAGGGAGGAUGUUGAUCCUGCUUCCCUAUUCUUGCACCCACCUACUGCCCCUGCCCCCAGCCCAGCAGGCGGGCUGGGGUCUCCAGUCUCUGUAGGUACAGCCGUGGCUCGGGGCUGCCUCUGCGGCUGUCGGGGCUCUGCCGUGGAGAGCUGUGUGUUCUGAGUGGCACUGUCUGUGUAGAGAUGUGUAUAAUACCCUGUAUAUAUUUGUGUAAAAAAAAAAAA